AUGGAGGGGAUAUCUGACAUCUCUGAUCUGCUUGAUAGAUGCAAGGAUAGGGCGUUUCUGAGCAAUAACAGAGAAAAAAUAAGGGAGGUGGUGAUGAGGCCUCCACUGAAGGAGCAGGCAAGGUCUCUAUUAGGAACCAAAAAGAAUGUGUUUGUGAUAAAGUUGAUAGAAGCAACAGACAUUCCAUCACUUGAAGUGAUUCCGUGCCUUGCAGACAAGAGAAAUAUCAAUCAAUAUGUCUAUUCAACAUAUUAUCAUCUUUAUAGGAUUGGCUUGAUUGAGAAGGCUGUAUUUGAGAAGGCAAGGGAGGAUUUCAAGUGCAUGAAGAACUAUGAGAAGAUGUUUGAAGACACAAGGAGUUCGUUUAUUAUUUCGAAGAUUGAGUCUGACAGGAGAAAGGACAAGAUUAUGAAAAGGGAGUUGAGCAGAGUGGUUGAUGUACGGGAUGAGAUAAAGUCUUUGAAGAUUGAAUUACCUGAGAUUUCUUGUGAGGAGGUAAUGAGAAUUGAGGGUGUUGUGCGUGGAGCCAAGAAUGUAUUUGUGAUUGAUCUUGAUUCAAUUUUUGACAUUAAAUGGUUAAGGUGCCAGGCGAAGGAAGAAGCAGUCAAAAGGAUAUCGGACAUCCGAGAUAUUUUAUUCUGUAUUGAUCGAGGAGGAGAGGUGAUUAGUACACUUGGCGAUGUAGGAGAACGUCAUGCUGAGCGAUCUUAUAAUGGAAGAUCGAUGAAAGACAUAAAGGGUGAGAAGUAUUAUAAGCUUGAGAGAGUGUUUAAUGGGCCUGAAAAGUUGAAUUUUAUAUGCACGCCUCUUUUCUAUAUGAUUGACAGGCUUAUGAAAAAUCGGAUAACAAGGCUAUAUGAUUCAAUUGUGAAGUUGUAUCGAAUGAAACAAUCGGUGUAUCUUGUGUCGACUUGUAGUCUUUCGCAGGUUCUUGCAGAACUCUUGUUUUUUGAGUAUUCAUGCGUAGACAUAAAGACGGUCAUAUCAGUCAGUGGGAAUGUGUCUGCAAUGUAUGAAGAUAUUCAAAAGAAAGAUAAUGCAAGAAUAGUUUGUGCUGGAGGUGGAACGUAUCUCUCUUCGGACAGAGUAGAUGUAUAUCGCAUUGAGUAUGAAAACUUCAGAAAAAUGGUUGAUGAUAUGCUUGAUGUGUGGAGUGAAAAGGGAACAGAUCAUGAACAUGGCGAGGUUGAUGCAUAG